AUGGCCGACACUGAACAGCAGCCCAAGCUCGUUGACGAGUCUCCUAUCUCUCCUGUAGAGCGAAGAAACUCCCUAGAAGCUCACCUCAAGCACCGCCCCGAACGCUCCGAGCUCGUAGAUAGUCAGGAGUCCCUCACAUUGCAUCCUUGCGCGUACAAUACUGACAUGCGACAAACAGAGAACAUCCUUCCAGCCUCUACGGCAGCGCCAGGCCUCCAGGCGCAUCAGAAGGAGCUUGAGAAGCACAUGCUCGAGGAUAAGCUUAACGACAAGAUCUCACACCGUCCAGACCCAGAGGACCUCAUUAAGGAGGGCGUCUUGCAUGACGACCCACGUACUGUUGCCCAGGACGAAGCAGCCAAAAAGUACGAAGAGGCCAUCGAGGACGAGUAUGCCAAGCGUGAAGGUGGCGCUUGA